AUGACCGACUCGCCAUUUGUGCGCUCUCCGCUCGACCCUAAGGAACAACCCAUCCUCGACCGCCUGCUUGGCCUGCGUGACCAGCUCUCGGUGCUUAAGAGCGACCGCUCAUCAUACAUUCGCACUCAGGAUGUCCUGGACCUGUACAAGAGGUUAAUCGGAGAGGUCGAGAAGCUCAACACUCUGCGUACGGACAAGCGUAGUGAACAAAACAGAGUCGACACGGUGCUCGACGACUGCUUCCAGCUGGUCUCCCUAUUCUUCCUUACUAUCGGUCGCAACCAGGAAGCUCCCGCCGUCUAUUCUGCUGUUUCUACGGUCAAAGUGAGUGACCCCAUGUCUGGAUCCGGACCUUUCCUGUACUUACCUUGUUUGCACAGCNGCCUCCUAGACCACCUCAAAGAAGCCGGUUUCUACCUACCCCAAGACCUCGAAUCCAUCGAACACAACCUCCGAAAAUGGCGCUCAUCUGUUGAGCGCGGCAAGGAUGUCCACAGUGACUCUUUGAUGACACUACUCGAAGCACGCAUCGACGUAUGCUACCAGACCCUCAAAGAGCUACAGGCUUCGCUAUCUCGACUCGAGCCCGAACUCAUGGGCUACUACGAAAAGCUCGUCUCAAUCUUGCGAUCGCUCUCGGCCUGUAACACACGAUCAAAAUUCCCGGUAAAGGAGGUUCAGGAACUAGAGGACCAGCUCAAGCAGAUCCAGGCAGAGUUGAAGGACGCUGGUGUCUCACACGAGGGCAGGACGGCCGAAGAAGCAUACGCCGAACGCUUGCAACAAGUUCACAUUGAUGAGAACCAUAUCGAGGAAGGCAGCAAGGUCGUCUCCUUCCUGCUGGGCCGUUGUCUACUCUGGGUUGAGAUCAUCCAGCAGAAACAAGGCAAGAUCGACGAACGCUUCCGCGAUACCUACGACAAACUCGUAAAGCUGCGCAACACUCUCGACAACAUGAACCUUACCCAGGCCUGGUCCUUGCGCGAGACAGACUUGUACAGCUACCAACGACAGCUCGACCGCAUCGACGAGUCGCGCGUUGAUGGCAACUUCCUCGACGCCGAAGGCAAGCCUGCCGACCUACAUUCGCAAAGGACACUGCUCUACCUCCUUCGCAAGAGCUACUCAUACAUCUACCACUACAUCAUCUCGUCAGAGCCUGUCUCAGAAGCCCUGUUGCCCAUCUACAACCAACUUCUUACCCUCAAACGCUGUCUGCUUGAAGUCAAGCGCUCAGGUGGUGUCGACUCUCCUCGCGAGCUGUACCCAUACAGCAUGAAGGUUUGUUUAUCACACCAUUGUAUCUUGUUACAUAUCCAUGCUUACCACGAUGCAGNNCUUAAUUCAAUCGACAACAUGAAAAAAGACGGCAAAUUCAUGGUCGGCGACGACAUCCCCGAAGGUCAAGGAAGUGUUACAUCGUUACUCGCCGAAUGUUUUGACAUCGCCUACGACCUCAGGAACGAGGCUGAAGAGCGUCAAGACGAGGCCGAGCUGGCCGACAGCACCGAAACCAAGGAGUAA